GGUCCACCCAAUGGUGGGAAACACUGCGCGAGUCGCUAUGGUGACGGCGCUCGGCUUGACUGCGUGAUGGGUUGACAGGUUGCGCGCUCGGCUGUUAGUGCUCUAAGCGAGCAUGUACUCCAAGAGUGUGCGGGUACCGUCGGAUAGUCAAGCCAGAGAAAAGCUAGCCCUCUAUGUUUAUGAAUAUCUGCUACAUGUUGGAGCUCAAAAAUCAGCACAGACUUUCCUCUCAGAGAUCCGUUGGGAGAAGAACAUCACGCUGGGAGAGCCACCUGGGUUCCUUCACUCCUGGUGGUGUGUUUUCUGGGAUCUCUACUGUGCAGCUCCGGAAAGGAGAGAAACGUGUGAACAUUCAAGUGAGGCCAAAGCUUUCCAUGACUAUGUGAGUGACUUGCUUAUGAGUGCAGCAGCCAUACCCAGCCCUGCAAGUGGGAAUCUCCCUCCUGGAGAGGGAAUGCCAUUACCACCUGGAUUCUUCCAGCAAUUCAUGUCCCCUCGUUGCCCUGGAGGCCCCAGAGCUCCUCUCAGAAUGCCCAAUCAGGCAAUGGGCCCAGGCAACCAGCCACUCUUAAGUGGGAUGGAUCCUAUGAGACAGCCCGGUGAGAUGUUUCCCAGCAUUCUCAGCCAUCUUCACAUGAAUGGGCCAAUGCAGAGAAUGAUGCCUCCAAGAGGAAUGGUUCCUAUUGGACCACAGAACAUGGCAGGUGGAAUGAGGCCUCCUUUACAUUCAUUAAUGGGACCAGCAAUGCCUAGCAUGACUCCAGGAGGAGGAAGGUCUUGGAUGAAUCCUCCAAACGCCAACUCAAUUCCAUACUCAUCCUCGUCUCCAGGAAGUUACACAGGUCCAAUGGGAAGUGGAGGAGGUGCUCCAGGGACACCGAUCAUGCCCAGUCCUGCAGAGUCAACCAGUUCAGGAGACAACAUGUACAGUGUGAUGAAUUCAAUCCCUCCCAAUGGAAACAGGCCGAAUUUUCCUGUUGGUCCUUGUGGUGAUGGUGCACUGGGAGGAGUUGCAGGAAUAGAAGCUCAUCCUCUGAACGGCUCAUUAGCAUCAGGUGACAUUGACAGCCUCCCAAAAAGCUCCCCUGGGAACCUGAGUAUGAACACCCAGCCCAGUACACCAAGAGGUGAUGGAGAAAUGGCAAGCAGCUUCCUCAACCCCUUUCAGAACGAGAGUUACUCUCCCAACAUGACGAUGAGCGUGUGAGACUGAAUACAUUGAAGCAAUGAAGAAACAAACGCACUUGGAUUCUCAUCGCGGAUGUUCCUCAUGGAAGUGCUGGAGUGUAACAUGCAAACAUUUCCCUGG